AUGAAGCUGGCUUUCACCGUCACCGUCUUGGCAGGGCUGGCAGCGGCGGAAGGCGAACAAGACGUUCUGCAGAGACCAACUUUUCGGAAGCCCUUCCCGGAUCCCGCUUUGUUUCGUCGGAGCCGGCGCUUGGCCCAGGAAGGAGGGAAGCCGGAGCGCCUGCGUUUCGAGGUGGAAGACGGGGGUUAUCAGUUCAACUACGAGUUUGCCGGUGCUCCCAAAGUAGAGCACGUUUUCAACUUGGAUUCUGAGGGCGUGCAUGGGAUCCGUUGCACCGCGGGGCGAGAGGAUCAUUUGGAAAUCUUUUGGGCCAACCUGACCGAAGCAGCUGCGGCAGCACUGAGGAAGGAUGCGGUAAUCUCAGGUUCGCCGGAGUGGCAGUGCAGCUUUUCCAUCCCUGCGACGUCUCGGAACUCUCGAAUCCAAAGUUCUGGCCUGCUCCUGCGUGUGAUGGAAGUGGAGGCCUUGGCCACUUCCAGGUCGCUCUGCACCCGCCUUCGGGUUGUUCCCGCCAGCCCCGUCGAGAUCUUCCGCGACCUUUACAUCGACCUGUCAUGGCAUCCGGUUGGACGUUCAGCCGACCGUCGGCUGGAGGCAUGUUCAACAGAGCACCAAUACAGCUUGAACUACGAUUGUGAAAGUCAGAGAGCCUCGCAAAGCCAUGUGGUAGGGCCAUUUACAUGCUCCAACUGCUAUGCGUUGCUAGAUAUCACUCCAGCCUUCAAGCUCCAGACCAACAGUCUUGGCCAACCCACGAGGAUCUCCUUGCAGCUGUCCGCGGCGUUUGAAGCCAACCUUGAACUGGGCUUGAACGGACCACAGUCCAUCAUCAGCUCUAACUGGACGCAGCUUUUCUCCCAGAGGACCGGAAACCUACUGAACACCAUAGGCUUCGUGAUGCCGAUGUUCGGUACCCUCGUGAGCACGAUCAACAGUUGGACAGUGAAUAUGGGCAUCUUUGCCAAUUACGAGCUCAAGGGCCAAGCAGACGUCCGGAGCAUUCUCCAAGGCCUUUUGCAGACGAAGCGGGUCUAUGAGUGGACUGGCGCGGAGGUCGGUUGGACAAGUUCCGAGGGCUUCUUUUACACCUUAGGCACCGUUUCCAGCUCCGGCAACACGUCCACGCCGGACCUGAAGGACUUCUCGGCAGACCUGGCAGUGGCCCUGGCUCCCUGCGUCUCCCUGGAUCUGAGCUACGAUCAGGAAAUCAUGUCUUCAGCCUCCGCCUGUCUUGAGGGCAACGUGGCUUAUCUGACGGAGAGGGCCACCUCUUCAGUUGCAGCAGAUGCAGUUGGUGGCACCUCUCAGGCAAAUGACGAGCAAUUGUGCGUGGACCUAUACAAAUUCGAAACCGAUGGAGAUUUGGAGUUGUUGGGUUCGAAUGAUCCCUAUGCAGGGUGGUGCUACAUGGGGAAGUGCCACUACACAGGAUAUGAGCAUAUGAGUGGCGGUGAGGCAGCUUUUGAUGACGGAUGGUCGUGCGUGAACAUCCGCACGUCGUCUUUGAGUGACAAUCGGCUCUAUGUGGAAGUCUGGGAAGAUGAUACAGGUUGGGACGAGGUCUUCACCGAAAGAGGCUCCAUCGACCUGGCCAGUGAGGCUAUGGAUUUCAACAAAAGGGUUGCCCUCACCCCAAACAGCAAGUCAGGUGGGACGUAUGCCUACUUGUCACUGAAGGUGCGGCGGUCCCCGCUGCGGCUGCUUUCACAGACUAGCAAUGAAAGCUCCAUAAACGGUCCCUGUGGCCAAAGCCUUUAUGCGGGAGCGGGGAUGAGUGGUGGCCUGUCAGGAUUCAAGCUUCCGAGCGUUUGGGAACAUAACGGCACAGUGCUUGUCGACCCCAUCUCGCUGGGCAGUGUUAGAACGGAGAUGCAGCGUGUUGUUUGCAAGGACCUUCCAGCUUCUGGUGACGCGAUGGUCAGCUUCAGUGCGCUCGAAGUUGCUUUCUCCUUGGAGCUGCUCCAAACUCUGUGCUACACGUGCUUGCGUCCACGGAUGCGCUGCGGCCUGGCCGGCAACUUGGACCACGACCCGGUCGGAGUCGCCGCUGCUGUGGAGGCAUGGCUUAGGCUCGGCGGGCGAGCCGUCGACACCGCACUCAUGUACGGCCACGACCAGGGCUUGCAGGAGGGUCUCAAAAAGAGCGGCGUGCCACCAAAAGAGGUUUACAUCACCUCCAAGAUUCCCCCCGAGCGCAUGGGGUUCGACGAGACGCUGGAAGCCGCUGCCGAGGCGCGGAGGACGAUCGGGCGGCCAGUGGAUUGCUUGAUGAUUCACUGGCCGGGUCGGGCCUGGCCCAAGCGGAGCUCCGACCCGGACUGCGUUCGAGGCCGCGGAGCCGAGCUCCCGGGCGACUGGUCGGAGUGCCGGCGCGCGACGUGGGAGGCGCUUCAGUCCCUGAAGCGCGCCGGAGAAGUCCGUCAAAUCGGUGUCUCCAACUAUGAGCUGCCCCAUUUGGCGGAGCUGGAGACGCAGCACUCGCUCCCCGAUGUCUUGCAGAUCGAGUUCCACCCGUGGUGGCGCCGCGCGGACCUCCUCGCCUGGUCUAAGGAGCACGGCGUGCAGCUGGUGGCCUAUGGCAGUUUGGGAGGAGUUGCCUCCGAUUGGUUGGGCGACGGUGUGCUCGCAGAUCUGGGGAAGGAGGAAGGUCUUACCGUGGCCCAGCUUCUUCUGAAUUGGGCCACCAGCCAAGGGGUUUCGGUGAUUCCAUCGUCUCGCAGUGAGCGGCACAUGCUUGAGAACUUGAACUGUUGCAAGAAGAGGCUGUCGCACAGAGCUUCGAAGUUCCUGUCUUCCCAGCCAGACUGGCUGCAGCGGAGGAUCCAGCCGGAUCCGAGGUUCAUUACCGUUCCUGGCGUGUCUUGGGAGGAUUUUGGCGGCCCGGUCCCGCCCUCCCACGCUCGGCUGGACCUCUUCGGUGCUGUUGAUCAGCUUCACAUGGGUGUCCUGCGCCAGCAGUGCUGGCACGAGCACUUUCAGCCCUAUCCCUGCUGCCAUCCUUCCUUCGGACCGGAAGGGCUUGCAAGCUGUUGGGGAUCAGGAUUCACGUUUCUCGACUGUUGCUUGCCGCCUGCGAUCCUGAAGCUGACGUUGCCACUUGCAAUACCCUGGCUGCCGGAGGAGGUCGACUUUAUCGUCGUGGGCGCAGGCUCUGCCGGCAGUGUGGCCGCCUCGCGGCUGGCCCGUCGCGGCUUCUCGGUGGCUUUGCUCGAGUCCGGUGGAAUCGGGUAUGCUGGCGGGGUGGACUCCCACCCCAACCCUUCUGCACCGGAGCAAGCCGAUCACUGGUAUGUGAACGACAUCGAGUGGGGCUUGGGCAAAGUGACGCGAGCAACGCAGAUCAUCCAUGGCCGCGGCCUGGGCGGCACCUCCUCCGUGAAUGGCCGCUACUACACACGGACCUACCUCCCCUUCGACCCUGAGGUGGUUUUGAAGGCUUACGAAGAUGUGGAGGCGGAUCUGGAGAUGCACGCCGAGGAUUUGGACGGUGGGAGGUCUCCGUGGCAGGCAGCCAUCCUGGACGCUCUCGCAGAGGCCAGCGUUCCCUUCCGGCAGAAUGCCUCGAUGUCGUGGCACAGUGCCUCUGUUGGCCCCACCCAGCGGAUUGCGCGCUGCCGGCACAUGUCUCUUGGGCCGUCGUCCUACCACUGCGCCCUUGGUGCCGAGAAGUCUCAGCUGGGAGAGGGAGGAGAGCGAGGAGAUGCAGGAGAGGGAGUCCGAGUCGUGUUGCAGGCGCACGUGGCGAAAAUCAUUUUGGAAAGCGGCCGCGCGCGCGCAGUCUCGGUCGGCCGCGCGGGCCCGAGCGGCUCGAACGGCCGCCAGGCGGUGGCUCGCUGCCGGCAUGGCGUCGUUGUGAGCGCUGGUGCCUUGCAGACCCCGGCUCUCCUUCAGCGUUCAGGGAUCGGCAGCCGCGAGGACGCGCAGCGUUUGGGGAUCAAGCUAGAAGUGGAGAGCCCGGCAGUGGGUGGCCACCUCCAGGAUCACCAGUACCUUGCUUUCCAAUUAAGAACGCCGCUGCCUUGCACGGAGCCGCUCGGUGCACCGAGCCGCGGGAGCCUCUAUGCCUUCUACUCCCGCUUGGGGCACUCGCCGGGCCGCUCAAGGCCGAGGCUGGAGCUCCAGAUGCUUCCGCGAUGCACCAAGGGCGGCCGUCUCGAGCUGAAGAGCUUUCUGAUUUUACUCCGGAGCCGCAGUGCGGGCCGCGUGCUGGCACGCUCCAUGGACCCGUCCGAGCCUCCCGGAGUGCUUUUGGAUCCCUUUGCAGGCAAUGCCUCAGAUGUGGCAUCCCUCCUCCAUGGGCUCCGGGAACUUUACGGCGUACUGCAGAAAGCCUGGCCAGAGCUGUCCUUCGAGCCUUCCUAUGAAGACUUGAUGAAGGACGAUGUCGCCGGACGGCAUUGCGCUCAAUUUCUGGGUUCCUGGCAGCACCCGAUGGGAACUUGCCGCCUUGGGAAGGUGCUGGACGCUCGGCUCGGGCUGCGUGGGGUGAGGGGCCUCUGGGUGGCCGAUGCGUCGGCGCUUCCCGACUGGGCACUGGCCGGGCACCCUGACGCCGGCAUCCGUGCUGUCGGCUCCCUGGUUGCCACCUUCGCGGCCGAAGAUUCUGGAGCGGCUUGA